AGCGAACGAUUGGAAGCCCGGGCACAAGCUAUUUAUUGAUUUCAGAGAAUGAGUGAAAAAAUCCGAUGACUGAAUCUUUGGUUUGGGGAUCCACAUUUUUGAAUUUGUUCACACAGACUUGGACUUCUUCACUGCCUCCCAAAGUAAGCCAGCUCGCAAUCUCUGAGCAUAUCGUUAGUGUUGUGAAUACGCGAUUUAAGGAUCUUUACAGUGGAAGUGUAUGGCAUUAAAUCGAACCCUAAUGCGGUUCAGGACAUAUCCAUAACUCAGAUACUGUAACAGUGCGUGCGUAAAAGCUGUGGCACAAUUCCAAUCAAUGCCACUGUACUGCGGAUGAAUUGUGCGCGCUGGCAGGGUCAGAGGGAUUGAGACAAUGUUUUAGGGCAAUUAAAAACCCAGCAACCCACACAGGAGAAGUUCGCGAUUCGUGGAUCAGCCAGUUUUCGUGCGUAAUUACGGAUGCGACUCCUUGUGAAAACUCCUUUGUUAUAAUGUAGGACGCAUGACAGCAAAACUCUCUCUUCGGCACGUGAAGCGACGGAGGCGACAGGUAUGUGAAGUCCCCAUGUUCUUAACCGUGGUCAGAGCGCAAACUUUCAUCCUAUGAGUCGCUGUCUCUUUUACGCACACACAAUUGAGACAAUCUGUAAAUCAGUUUGGAUGAUUUCUCUGGUGUGGUGAUUGGUCACUCACCACCUCCUGAUCUGCUCCAAUGUAAAUCAUGGAAACUAACAGGGUAGAGGUGAAUACUUUGUUUCUAAAUCCGUGACAACAGAGAGGAACAAAUCUACAUCUCGCCUGCGUGGAAGCAUUUUCCCACUUUAUUUCUGAAAACAACAAUGGAGACCAACUGGACUCCCCUGCCACCAGACGUCAACUCCUCUGCUGCACCAAGCCCCUUCCUCUUUUCUUACCCGCGCCUCUUUAACAUCUCCUCCAACCUGUCCACCCAGAGCGUCCCCUUCCAGGGCAGCAGCACUCUGGUGACUGCGGUCAUCUCCCUCACGGUCUUCAUGGUGGGUCUGACCGGCAACACUCUGGCCAUCUACGUGGUGCUGCGCUAUGCCAAGAUGAAGACGGUCACCAACAUCUACAUCCUGAACUUGGCUGUGGCCGACGAGCUCUACAUCCUCGGGCUCCCCUUCCUCACCACGCAGAAUGUGCUCUCCUAUUGGCCCUUUGGUUCGUUCCUGUGCCGGGUGGUCAUGACCGCGGACUCCAUGAACCAGUUCACGUCUAUUUUCUGUCUGACGGUCAUGUCCAUUGAUCGCUACCUGGCUGUGGUUCAUCCGAUCCGCAGCACCAAGUGGAGACAUCCCCGCGUGGCCAAGGCGGUGAGCGCAGCUGUGUGGGCCGUGUCCUUUGUGGUGGUCCUGCCGGUGGUCAUCUUCUCUGAUGUCCAGGAAACAUUUAACUCCUGCAACAUGAUCUGGCCCGAGCCGAAGGACGUGUGGUCGACAGCCUUUAUUCUCUACACUGCCACUGUGGGCUUCUUUGGACCGUUGCUCAUCAUUUGCCUCUGCUACCUACUUAUCAUCAUCAAGGUGAAGUCCUCUGGGGCACGGGCGGGCUUCACCAAGCGGCGCCGCUCGGAGCGCAAAGUGACGCGGAUGGUGGUGGUGAUCGUGGUGGUGUUUGUGCUUUGCUGGUUGCCGUUCUUCAUCAUCAACAUGGUCAACCUGGUCGUCAUCAUCCCGGAGUCCAGCGUCACCGCAGGCGUCUACUUCUUUGCGGUCAUCUUGUCCUACGCCAACUCCUGCGCCAACCCGGUGCUCUACGGCUUCCUGUCAGACAAUUUCAAACAGAGUUUCAGAAAAGUGCUUUGUUUGAAGAGUAUGAGGUGCAAGGCAAACGGCGUAGAUGAUGGCGACCCCAGCGCCCCUCGUACUGAGAAAACCACUGCACACGACUGCAUCCUGCUCACUCCUCGUAACCAGAUCUACCAUGAUGCCCAGACCAGCCAGAUCUCUCCUCACCCUCCAGACUGGCCUGCCUCGCACACAGCAGCAGACCUGCACCCCUCCACCCCCACCCAUCAAGCUCCCUCCACUUGCCCCGGGAUCGGGCCCACAACUGCCACCACAGUAACCUCCACCACGGCCACCCCUGCUGAUCCUCCCACCGUCACCGCCCUGACUACGCCUGCAUUCUCUGCCACCACAGCCCCACAGCAACAGUAGCCAGUUAACCAGGAGAUGAAAUAGAGAGAGAUAAGGAGGGACAACAUGACAUGAGACUACAGAAGCAGUCACAUCAGCUGAUGAAAAAUGGAAAACACUGACGCUCUUUCGCAGUAACUGUGUACAUUUCCUAACAAAACCACGCACACUCAUUCCAUAUGCAUUGCAACGUUGAUGGUCCACGUCAGGGAAAGGAACUCAUGAAUAUUUGUUCAUACCUCAAUGUGUUGCUGCACCUACUAUUUGUGAUUCACCCAGCUGUUGAUCAGGCCCAAGGUUACUUUGCACCCAUCCAUCUGGCAUAAGUGCCUUGUCAGCCACUCUCAGCAAUCACCACGGCUCCUAAAUGGACGCAGAAACAUUGACACCUUCCUCCCCUCACUUCCUGACAGGUUGUCAGGAAAAAUGUCAGAAUGUAUUUUUACUUUGAACAACCAAAAAUGCCAUGGAAGAUAGAUUUAAAGCCAGUGGAGUUAUUUUCAGAGUAAAAUCCUUGUCCUACGACAGCUUUAACAAAACAUCUAAGCACAAUUGUCUGUUUCUUGCGCCCACUCACAGCUCAGCUCUGUUUGCUUUACUUAAUUUAUAUGGGUAAAUAGUGAGGAAUGGACUUGACAUCUGUACAUCUUUGUGGAAAAAGCUGAAAUCUUUCUGUAUGGCGUUUGUAUUUUAGAAAUAGCUUGCUUGCUGUAAGUCAGCUUCUCAGUCAUAGGAAAUAUGACUGUUUGCCUGGUCAGUGUCCUUCUUCAAACAUGUAGCCCGGUCACAACACACAACCUCAGACCUCUUUGUAUAUAGGCCUCUUUCUUUAUGUCUUCAUAUACGGGUGUCUGUGUGUGAGAGAAUGUGUGUGCGUGUACAUUUGUGGCUGUUUUGCACGUGUGUUGUUAUGUGUUUUCUCUCUGCAGAGACUCUGAUGCUGGUAAUUACAGGGUUCAUAGCAACACAUACUGUUGCUAAUGUUAUUAUAUGAUCACCUUGUUUACUGCACAGUGGAGGCAAUAUAUGAUCAGCCUGGCCACUCAUUGCCUCAGCUGGCACAGCCUCUGUUAGCUUUGCCCUUUGAAAUGUAUAUAUAUCGCAGCCGGUGACUGUGUAUGUAUGGACGACACUUCUCCACCUCACACUGUACAAAAAUGAAGCCAAAUAUCUUGGAUAAAAGCUUGUGCUGGUGACGUCAUUUGGAGCCAGAGUCUGUGCAGUAGCGACAGUGGAUUAAAGCCCUGGUAUCAGAGGAUCAAAGUCCUGCUGUCACACCUGUGUCACACCGGUGUCACACCUGUUUCACACCUGUGUCACACCUGUGUCAAACUGUCAAUAAUCCAAUCCAAUUAUUCGGCUGCUACAAAGUUUACUUCGGAGACUCCAGAAGUGUUUUGUGGACUCAAACACUUCACUCACCCCUCCACCGGCAUAGUGAUGAGUAGACAAUGUGUGAGUUUCAUUUUUGGGUGAACUAUCCCUUUACGCCUAGUUUAUUGUUGUAGAAAAAAAUUACAAUGAGGUUUUAAGAAAAUCUCAAUGAUGGAUGGAUAUGCUUUUACUGCCACUUAUCAUCUGUGCAACAAAAUAAAAUGCAUCAGUGACACGCAGCAGCUGAUUAGGUUAAUUAAGUGAAUAUUAAGUGAAGGCAAUGACUGUGAAGCCUAAUGGAAUCUGUCCCUGCUUGACGAAAUUUAAAUUUAAAAAUGCUGUUAAUAGGAAAGGCUUUUUUGAGUGUAAAUACAGAGCCCACGCUGCAUACUUUACUACAUGAUAAUAGUUGUUCAGAUGCUUCAGUGCUGUAUGUUUGUUGGAAUAAAAUUGUGAGAUCAUAAACCCAACAUUUCUGCUUGCUGUCACACAAACACACCCAGACACCUAAAAAUCUGCACUUUUUAGCCAGGCAAUGAGGCAGACAGCACCAGCUCUGUAACCUCAGAGAGGAAUACCUCCUCCCUGCUGUGGUCAGACCCAUCCCUCAUGCUCAUAUUUAUAAAGACAACAUCUGGUGUGCCAGCUGGAAGACCUGAAAACAUGUCCCACGUUUGACACAGUCUACACCGAAAUCACAAACCGUGUGAUUACAUAACCUCACAUCUCUAACUCGCGUGUCAACAGUCCUGUCAUGUCUUCGCUAUAUGAGGCAGAAGAUAGGAAUUAAAUUCAAGGUCCAUGAGUGUGUGACACAAACAAUAAGAGGAAAACUAUUGAAUCUCACAUAUCUACACGCACUAUAUCUUAUUAUAGACACAGAAAAACACAAUAUUAACUCUCUGCUUGGAAAAAGAAAACUUCUAAACCUACAGUAUGUAUUUUCUGAAUUAAUUUCCUCAUCGGUGGGGUAAUACAUGAGCACCAUUUUAAAGCACAGACAGUGGCCGAAAGCAGUAUGUUUCUCAUUACCUGAACGUGAUAUCUUCAAAUUUGGUCAAAUGUCACUGUGACCUCACAAACCACAUUUUUGUCUCGUGAGCGCGAUAACUCCGAAAACAACGGGAGGGAAUCCUUUCACAUUUGGCACAAAGAUUAACUCAGACCCAAGGAUUAACUGAUUACAUUUUGAUGACCAACAGUCAAAGGUCACAGUGACCUUAUAUGAAAUUACAUCGAUGGAAAUUUACUAUAACAGUAUUUUGUUUUUCUGUGGUCUUCACACUUGCUAUGUACAAGCACCAAUCAGUAUUGAGCAACACAUAAGAAUGUAUUUUAUUUUCAAAAAAUAAGAAUUAUUGGAAGGAUAGCCCCUUGAGAUAUCACAUCCCAUUUUUGAGGGGGUCCUACAAACACAAAAAGAAAAUUGAAAACACAUUCAAAUGCAUAGACAACAGCAUUACGUACACUAAUAAUACAAAAAUACUGACACUUUGCUCAUCCUCUCCC